AUGAACGUGUGCAGACCGAGAGCACCCCGAGUUCCAAUCCUUACAGUGCAGACCGAGAGCACCCCGAAUUCCAAUCCUUACACUGCAAACAGAGAGCACCCCGAGUUCCAAUCCUUACAGUACAGACAUAGAGCACCCCGAGUUCCAAUCCUUACAGUACAGACCGAGAGCACCCCGCGUUUCAAUCCUUACAGUGCAGACCCAGCGCACUCCGAGUUCCAAUCCUUACAGUACAGACAGAGAGCACCCCGAGUUCCAAUCCUUACAGUACAGACCGAGAGCACCCCGAGUUCCAAUCCUUACAGUGCAGACCCAGCGCACCCCGAGUGCCAAUCCUACAGUGCAGACAGAGAGCACCCCGAGUUCCAAUCCUUACAGUGCAGACAGAGAGCAUCCCGAGUUCCAAUCCUUACAGUGCAGACAGAGAGCACCCCGAGUUCCAAUCCUUACACUGCAAACAGAGAGCACCCCGAGUUCCAAUCCUUACAGUGCAAACAGAGAGCACCCCGAGUUCCAAUCCUUACACUGCAACAGAGAGCACCCCGAGUUCCAAUCCUUACAGUGCAAACAGAGAGCACCCCGAGUUCCAAUCCUUACAGUGCAAACAGAGAGCACCCCGAGUUCCAAUCCUUACAGUGCAAACAGAGAGCACCCCAGUUCCAAUCCUUACACCGCAAACAGAGAGCAUCCCGAGUUCCAAUCCUUAAAGUGCAGACCGAGAGCACCCCGAGUUCCAAUCCUUACACUGCAGACCGAGAGCACCCCGAGUUCCAAUCCUUACACUGCAGACCGAGAGCACUUCGAGUUCCAAUCCUUACAAUGCAGACCAAGAGCACCCCGAGCUCCAAUUCUUACACUGCAGACCGGCCCGAGAGCACCCCGAGUUCCAAUCCUUAUACCGCAGACCGAGAGCACCCCGAGUUCCAAUCCUUACAGUGCAGACCGAGAGCACCCCGAGUUCCAAUCCUUACAGUGCAGACCGAGAGCACCCUGAGUUCCAAUCCUUGCACUGCAAACAGAGAGCACCCCGAGUUCCAAUCCUUACACUGCAGACCGAGAGCACCCCGCGUUCCAAUCCUUACAGUGCAGACCGAGAGCACCACGAGUUCCAAUCCUUACAGUGCAGACCGAGAGCACCCGGAGCUCCAAUCCUUACAGUGCAGACCGAGAGCACCCCGAGUUCCAAUCCUUACAGUGCAAACAGAGAGCACCCCGAGCUCCAAUCCUUACACUGCAGACCGAGAGCACCCCGAGUUCCAAUCCUUACAUUGCAGACCGAGAGCACCCCGAGUUCCAAUCCUUACAUUGCAGACCGAGAGCACCCCGAGUUCCAAUCCUUACAGUGCAGACCGAGAGCACCCCGAGUUCCAAUCCUUACAUUGCAGACCGGGAGCACCCCGAGUUCCAAUCCUUACAGUGCAGACCGAGAGCACCCCGAGUUCCAAUCCUUACAUUGCAGACCGAGAGCACCCCGAGUUCCAAUCCUUACACUGCAAACAGAGAGCACCCCGAGUUCCAAUCCUUACAACCGAGAGCACCCCGAGUUCCAAUCCUUACACUGCAGACCGAGAGCACUUCGAGUUCCAAUCCUUACAAUGCAGACCAAGAGCACCCCGAGCUCCAAUCCUUACACUGCAGACCGACCCGAGAGCACCCCGAGUUCCAAUCCUUACACCGCAGACCGAGAGCACCCCGAGUUCCAAUCCUUACAGUGCAGACCGAGAGCACCCCGAGUGCCAAUCCUACAGUGCAGACAGAGAGCACCCCGAGUUCCAAUCCUUACAGUGCCGACAGAGAGCAUCCCGAGUUCCAAUCCUUACAGUGCAGACAGAGAGCACCCCGAGUUCCAAUCCUUACACUGCAAACAGAGAGCACCCCGAGUUCCAAUCCUUACAGUGCAAACAGAGAGCACCCCGAGUUCCAAUCCUUACACUGCAACAGAGAGCACCCCGAGUUCCAAUCCUUACAGUGCAAACAGAGAGCACCCCGAGUUCCAAUCCUUACAGUGCAAACAGAGAGCACCCCGAGUUCCAAUCCUUACAGUGCAAACAGAGAGCACCCCAGUUCCAAUCCUUACACCGCAAACAGAGAGCAUCCCGAGUUCCAAUCCUUAAAGUGCAGACCGAGAGCACCCCGAGUUCCAAUCCUUACACUGCAGACCGAGAGCACUCCGAGUUCCAAUCCUUACACUGCAGACCGAGAGCACUUCGAGUUCCAAUCCUUACAAUGCAGACCAAGAGCACCCCGAGCUCCAAUCCUUACACUGCAGACCGGCCCGAGAGCACCCCGAGUUCCGAUCCUUAUACCGCAGACCGAGAGCACCCCGAGUUCCAAUCCUUACAGUGCAGACCGAGAGCACCCCGAGUUCCAAUCCUUACAGUGCAGACCGAGAGCACCCUGAGUUCCAAUCCUUGCACUGCAAACAGAGAGCACCCCGAGUUCCAAUCCUUACACUGCAGACCGAGAGCACCCCGCGUUUCAAUCCUUACAGUGCAGACCGAGAGCACCCCGAGUUCCAAUCCUUACAGUGCAGACCGAGAGCACCCGGAGCUCCAAUCCUUACAGUGCAGACCGAGAGCACCCCGAGUUCCAAUCCUUACAGUGCAAACAGAGAGCACCCCGAGCUCCAAUCCUUACACUGCAGACCGAGAGCACCCCGAGUUCCAAUCCUUACAUUGCAGACCGAGAGCACCCCGAGUUCCAAUCCUUACAUUGCAGACCGAGAGCACCCCGAGUUCCAAUCCUUACAGUGCAGACCGAGAGCACCCCGAGUUCCAAUCCUUACAUUGCAGACCGAGAGCACCCCGAGUUCCAAUCCUUUCAGUGCAGACCAAGAGCACCCCGAGUUCCAAUCCUUACAUUGCAGACCGAGAGCACCCCGAGUUCCAAUCCUUACACUGCAAACAGAGAGCACCCCGAGUUCCAAUCCUUACAACCGAGAGCACUUCGAGUUCCAAUCCUUACAAUGCAGACCAAGAGCACCCCGAGCUCCAAUCCUUACACUGCAGACCGACCCGAGAGCACCCCGAGUUCCAAUCCUUACACCGCAGACCGAGAGCACCCCGAGUUCCAAUCCUUACAGUGCAGACCGAGAGCACCCCGAGUUCCAAUUCUUACACCGCAGACCGAGAGCACCCCGAGUUCCAAUCCUUACAGUGCAGACCGAGAGCACCCCGAGUUCCAAUCCUUACACUGCAGACCGAGAGCACCCUGAGUUCCAAUCUUUACACUGCAAACAGAGAGCACCCCGAGUUCCAAUCCUUACAUUGCAGACCGAGAGCAUCCCGAGCUCCAAUCCUUACACUGCAAACAGAGAGCACCCCGAGUUCCAAUCCUAACACUGCAGACCGAGAGCACCCCGCGUUCCAAUCCUUACAGUGCAGACCGAGAGCACCCCGAGUUCCAAUCCUUACAGUGCAGACCGAGAGCACCCGGAGCUCCAAUCCUUACAGUGCAGACCGAGAGCACCCCGAGUUCCAAUCCUUACAGUGCAAACAGAGAGCACCCCGAGCUCCAAUCCUUACACUGCAGACCGAGAGCACCCCGAGUUCCAAUCCUUACAUUGCAGACCGAGAGCACCCCGAGUUCCAAUCCUUACAUUGCAGACCGAGAGCACCCCGAGUUCCAAUCCUUACAGUGCAGACCGAGAGCACCCCGAGUUCCAAUCCUUACAUUGCAGACCGAGAGCACCCCGAGUUCCAAUCCUUACAGUGCAGACCAAGAGCACCCCGAGUUCCAAUCCUUACAUUGCAGACCGAGAGCAUCCCGAGCUCCAAUCCUUACAGUGCAGACCGAGAGCACCCCGAGUUCCAAUCCUUACAGUGCAGACCGAGAGCACCCCGAGUUCCAAUCCUUACAGUGCAGACCGAGAGCACCCCGAGUUCCAAUCCUUACAGUGCAGACCGAGAGCACCCCGAGUGCCAAUCCUUACAGUGCAGACCGAGAGCACCCCGAGUUCCAAUCCUUACAGUGCAGACCGAGAGCACCCCGAGUGCCAAUCCUUACAGUGCAGGCCGAGAGCACCCCGAGUUCCAAUCCUUACACUGCAGACCGAGAGCACCCCGAGUUCCAAUCCUUACAGUGCAGACCGAGAGCACCCCGAGUUCCAAUCCUUACAGUGCAGACCGAGAGCACCCGGAGCUCCAAUCCUUACAGUGCAGACCGAGAGCACCCCGAGUUCCAAUCCUUACAGUGCAAACAGAGAGCACCCCGAGCUCCAAUCCUUACACUGCAGACCGAGAGCACCCCGAGUUCCAAUCCUUACACUGCAGACCGAGAGCACCCCGAGUUCCAAUCCUUACAUUGCAGACCGAGAGCACCCCGAGUUCCAAUCCUUACAGUGCAGACCGAGAGCACCCCGAGUUCCAAUCCUUUCAUUGCAGACCGAGAGCACCCCGAGUUCCAAUCCUUUCAUUGCAGACCGAGAGCACCCCGAGUUCCAAUCCUUACACUGCAGACCGAGAGCACCCCGAGUUCCAAUCCUUACAGUGCAGACCGAGAGCACCCCGAGUUCCAAUCCUUACAUUGCAGACCGAGAGCACUCCGAGUUCCAAUCCUUACAGUGCAGACCAAGAGCACCCCGAGUUCCAAUCCUUACAGUGCAGACCGAGAGCACCCCGAGUUCCAAUCCUUACAGUUCAGACAGCGAGCACCCCGAGUUCCAAUCCUUACAGUGCAGACCGAGAGCACCCCGAGUUCCAAUCCUUACAGUGCAGACCGAGAGCACCCCGAGUGCCAAUUCUUACAGUGCAGGCCGAGAGCACCCCGAGUUCCAAUCCUUACACUGCAGACCGAGAGCACCCCGAGUUCCAAUCCUUACAGUGCAGACCGAGAGCACCCCGAGUUCCAACCCUUACACUGCAAACAGAGAGCACCCCGUGUUCCAAUCCUUACAAACUGAAGCCGAUUUCAGAGGAUCUGUAG